AUGGAAAUUAUGAGUAUUUCUAUUAUGCAAGUUAAAGGAAAGUUGCAGGGAGUAAAAAAAAUUUCUAAAAAAUGGCUAGAAUGGUUCUCGAUACUGCACUGGACGGCACUGUUCCUUAAUAUCUUCCUAUUUUCAGGUUGCGAUGGUGAUAAGCCCCAGCUUUCUCCCAACGUCACUGAGUUGGUAAUAAACGAAGGAGAAGCCUUGGAAAUCAAAUGCACAAGUAAUGAAUAUGUGAAGUUCUAUUAUCCAUAUCCUUCUUAUCUAUGGAGUGCCUUGCAGGGAAUUGUAAACAGGAAUGCUUUUUUCGAUCCUAAAAUUGGUUUUGUCCUGAAGAAUCUUAGUUUCUAUAGUCCUGAAAAAGGAUUUCCCAGUUUAACGUGUAAAGCUUAUGAUGGUGAUAUUACGACCAAGAUGAUGAAAUUUCGUGGAAGCUAUUAUUACAGUUGCAUGAGUAAACCAACUGUAAAAAUAGAAGGACGGCAGACAGUUUUGGUGGGCUCUCCAUUGACUGUUACCUGUACAGUUAAAAUCUACGUAGAAAGUUCUAACAUUAUCUCCUGGAAAACUCCACAAAAUUCGAUGCAAGUGGCAGAAUAUGACAACGUUGAUUCCAUAACAUCCAAACUUAUCAUAAAAAAUGUUACUUAUGCGGACAAGGGUAAUUACACUUGCCAAGUAAGAUCUUCGUUUGAUGAACAACGUAGUACAAACAUAUUUAUAGAAGUACACGAUCAAAAUUCUUAUAUUUCCCUAACAUCUAAUAACAGAGACAUAGCUUAUAGCGUUGGUCAUGUGUUGUUGCUUACAGUUAACAUUGAUGCUUAUCCACCACCAACUAUCUCGUGGCUUACAUCAAAUGGUACCGAAAUUGUUUUUGGGAAAAAUUUCCGUUUGCCUCAAUUUAAACGACAAUAUCCGAAGUAUCCAGAGAGUAAUUUAAUGAUAUUUAAUGUUCAGUUGAAAGAUGAGGGAAUUUAUACUUUCCGAGCAAACAAUACAAAUAAUGUAGGUUUUAACAGUUCUGAAAAACGAUUUCCCAGUUUAACUUGUAAAGCUUAUGAUGCUGAUAUUACGACCAAGACGAUGACAUUUUCCAGAAGCUAUAAUAACGGUUGCAUGAGUAAACCAACUGUAAAAAUUGAAGGACGGCAGACAGUUUUUGUAGGCUCUUCAUUGACUGUUACCUGUACAGUUCAAAUCUACGUAGAAAGUUCCAACAUUAUCUCCUGGAAAACUCCACAAAAUUCGAUGCAAGUGGCCGAAAAUAAUAACGUCGAUUCCGUAACAUCCAAACUUAUCAUACGAAAUGUUACUUAUGCUGACGAGGGUAAUUACACUUGCCAAGUAAGAUCUUCGUUUAAGGAACAUCGCAGUACGAACAUAUUUAUAGAAAUACACGAUCCAAAUUCUUAUAUUUCCCUAACAUCUAAUAACAGAGACUUAAUAGCUUAUAGCAUUAGUCUUAAGUUGUUUCUUACAGUGAACAUUGAUGCUUAUCCACCACCAACUAUCUCGUGGCUUACAUCAAAUGGUACAGAAAUUGUUUUUGGUAAACAUUUCCGUUUGCCUCAUUUCAAACGACAGUAUCCAAAGUAUCCAGAGAGUAAUUUAAUGAUAUCUAAAGUUCAGUUGACAGAUGAGGGAAUUUAUACUUUCCGAGCAAACAAUACAAAUGGUAAACAAAGUAGAAAUGGAACGUAUUCAGAGUUGAAAGUAAGCAUAGAGUCGUUUGGAAGAAUUAUUUGCGAGGCUUGCCAAGCCUACCAUUGCAACUCGAGGGAACACACUAUUGAAAUUACCGAUGGAGUCGACGAUGCUCCUUACGGAAUUAUAGGUCCAGAAGAAGCAUACAAUGGUGAAAAUAUUACUCUUAUCUGUGCUGCUGUUGAACAUGACCAUCAAUCUGUAACUUGGUUAGAUGACCAGUUCCAAGAGAUAACUAAUUCUUCAAAAGUGCAUGUUACUUCAAAGCAGACUAAAUUUACUAUUCGUAGAGAACUUAUAAUCUAUAACAUAAGUCAAUCUGAUGAGAAAGACUAUCACUGCAAAUCAUACAGUCAUCUAAAAACGGCAUUCAGCAACAGUGAUGCAAACUUUCCCUUUAACAAGGCUCAGAACUCCAACGAUUCCAUUGAGUUCCGUAGUACCUCGUACUGUGAUGAUUUACAACCAAGUUGGCGUUCUAACUACGAAGGCAAUUAUCAAAACUGGAAUGCUGAAUGCAUCUGCUCCCAUGACCUCCUCUCUUGGGCUUAUCAAGUAGCUCAUGGCAUGGAAUAUCUAUCGAGGAGAAACAUUUUACAUUGUGAUUUGGCUGCCAGAAAUAUUUUGCUAUCUACAAAUAACAUCGUCAAGAUUUGUGACUUUGGUUUGGCCCAGACGUUGUACAAAGACAUCAAUUAUACGAGGCUACACGAUGUAAAAUUGCCGUUCAAGUGGAUGGCCAUCGAAUCCCUCAGGGACGGAGUAUUUUCGACUAAAUCCGACAUUUGGUCAUUUGGUAUUGUGAUCUGGGAGUUUUUUACUCUUGCAGAGACACCAUACUUAGGCAUGCAAGCCUCAGUAGUAUAUCAAAAACUCAUUAACGGAUACAGGAUGGGCCAACCAAGAUAUGCAACAAACUAUCUUUACAAUAUCAUGCUCAACUGCUGGGAAGACGAGCCAACUUUAAGACCAUCAUUCACAAAACUAUCCAAAAAUAUUGGUAUGCUUUUAGAUAAAAGUACGAGAGUGCACUUUGAGAAACUGUACCAAGAGUAUGAGAACAUUAAUAAGGAAGUGGACUUAAAAAGAGAAAAUGAUUAUUCGACAAAUAUGUCUUCACCAGAUAAGGUAGCACUUGUUCUGCCUCAACAGAACUAUGAAAAUCGAUUGCUGCAGGUUGAAAACCCUAUAUACUUGUGUUUGAACAAUAAUGACAGGCUUUUAGCUGACACACCAAGAACGUUUGAUAACUGUUUAUGA